GUUUUAUCGACAAGUUACAUUGUCUGUCAUGGCGUAGUGUUUUUCAGAGUCGUGUUUAUUUAAACCAAAAUAAUGUUUUCGAUACGAGAAAACCCAUUCCACUGUGAUAAAAAACAUAGUGUUUAUUGUAAAAUAUCAUGAUUAGUACGUAAAAUAUAGUUUCGAUUAGAAGUAACCAUUAAAAUGGACAAGAAAAAUGCAAUUCGAAGAGGGAAACGUCCCUCUAAAGUGCUUGAAGAAAAUUAUUGGGAUUGCAGCGUUUGCACGUACAGAAAUAAUGCUGAAGCAUUUAAAUGUUCCAUGUGUGACGUUAGAAAAGGUACCUCGACACGAAAGCCUCGAAUUAACCCAGCGAUGGUGGCGGCACAGGCGGCUGGCACGGCGCCCACUAGCUCGCAGAAGAGACCAAGGUCGGCAAACUCGCUCAAGAAGAAAAGACGUCAGCCACGACUUAACAAUGUCGAUAGAAGCUCUGCACAGACGAGAGAGGUAACGGUAAGCGGUGUGACCGUAGUUAUAACAGAAUAUAAGCCCAAGAAGUCAGUUUCGGCCAGCUCGAGUGACGUGGAAUCCUCCAAUGAUGCACGCCCAUGAUCUCUGUUCUACAAUACAGAUGCCGCCAAACUUGUUUCGAUUUUAACCAAGGAAUUUUAAUUUCCACGGCAGGCUCUGCUCUAUUACUUGUCCGAUAAUGUUUAAGGGGUCGUUGUGAUAGACAUACAGACAUGUCUUAGUUAUACACAAAAGUAGUAAAAAAACAUUUAGCUAGCAUUUAUGUCAAUUAAAAAAGGCGAGGGAUUCCUUAAUUCAAUACCAUUAAUCACAUCUGCGCCUCAAUGGAAUGUGAAACUCAUACCUAAAUGAUGACGUCAUCGUAAACGAUGUGACGUCAUCGUCAGGUGCGUGACCGUGAUAAAUCUCAGGAUUGUGUUGUAAGAGUAAGUUUGGCGGGAUUUGUGUUUGACCAAUCUUUGCAUUUUAUAAAGACCUCUAAAUGUUGAAAAUUUUAUUUACAGUUCUUUAUGUAAUGCUUAACUUUAAUUAAUUUAUUCUAUUGGUAUUGUAUGGUUACAAUGAAAUAUACCUAGGAAAUUUAUGAAUUUCUCUAUCUAUCUAUCGUUUUUUACAUGUUUCGUAUUUUCCGUAUGGUUCGUAAUUUUUUUUGCAAUUUUAUUCGUCAUUGACACGGAUAAGUUUGAUUUUUUAUAUUUCUUACGUAAGGUUUCGCUGUAAGCUCACAAAACCAAUACAAUAUCAUUUAAAUUUAAGGCUUUAAUUUAUUUUAAAAUCACAUUAUUUAUUAAUUAAUAUAAGGAAUCUUUGUAUUGUAUUAUGUUUAAUAGACGACUGAAUAUGUAUUUCAAAAUACGUUACAUUUAGUAGAAUUUGUACAUAAAUGUGUGUUUUAUAAUAAUUUUAUACACAAUUUCAUUAAACAUCACAAUUGCUUGUAGCGAUUCAAUCGUUUUAGACCAACAAGGUUCUAUGACCACUCAAAACAGUUGUAAUGCGUAUAGAUAGUGUCAAGAAUUAUUAAGUAAAGAUGGAAAUCAAAAGGAUGCCUAUAACUCCGACUCAAGCAAGUUAUCUCAGUAUAUUUUGAAUUACCCAAGCGAAAAGAAAUGAGAAAUUGGCUUUUAGACGCAAAUUUUGUUUAUUAAAUAUUAUGUAAUUAAUAUAUGAAUGAAACGUCGUAUUAAGGAUUACGACAAUACUAAAUUUAAUGAUAAUAUAAUUGACCAAUCAAUAUUCUAAUUAAAAUUGGAGUUAAUUAAAAUACGCACACUUAUAGACUUUGUUUGGUCCCGAAUGAAAAUUUGAAAUGUCGAGUCUCUAUCAAUAUUUAUGACAUAUAAUACAUUUUACGUAUUAAAAAAAUGUCAUUUUUAAUUAAAUAAAUGGACGCUCGCGAUUGAUUGCUACGUUGCAUCGCGUAAUUGUCCUAGAAAUGGACUGGGUCUGAAGCCAUUGUUUGGAUUUUCGUAACUUUGAUUCGUUUGAAACUAAUAAUAUACACUAAAAUCUGAGGUAAUAUUUGCUAUGGACUGUAGUGAUUUUGUAUGUAAUGCGGAUUCUCCUUUCCUUUAUAUAGAUAUGUAAAGAAUGUAUAUAAGAAAAAGGACCAGCGGGGUCACUGCCAAGAAGAUGUAUAUAGCGGGAAGAGUAUAAAUAGUUGGGAUAUCAGAUGUCAAUUUAAAAAAGUAUAUGCUUAUUCUGACGUAUAUAAGUAACGUACAUAACGAUAGUAAAUGGUUUUUAAACAAAAAUAAUUUCAAAUUAUAUAUAAUAUUACCGAAGAUGUACAACGAAGGUGUUAUAGAUAAUAAUACUCAAAUAUCUACAACGGUUAUUAGAAUUUUUUAAUUUUACAGACUGAAAAAUGGUAUCGUACGUCAUAAUAAGCACAAUUUGUAUAUUAAAGUAAUCGUAUGAUGACUUGGAUAUUAAUAAAAUGGCACAAAAGUUUAUCAACAAUAACAUAAUUAUCACAUUUAUUUUCAUAAUUUUUCGUAAUUAUUGUAAUAUUAAGAUUAAUUUUAUUUGUUACCAAUCACGGUUUAAGUAUUUAUUUAUAGUUUGUAAUUUAGUGUUUAAGUUGGUGUUGCCUGUCUGCUCCAUCGUAUUACGUGGACUUUUUUUAUAUUUUGCUAGAAAAAAUAUGAUUUGGUGGUGUACACAAAGUAGAGUAAAUUUGGUGUUGUAAAUGCUUUAAGUAGAUUUCGGAUUCAGACACAUUAAUGUUAUGUUGUAUCUAAGUAUAAUAUGUAUUAUGAAUACAUAUUGACUGCUAUAUAUGAUACAUCAGAUUUGGCAUCAAAGUUCCGAUCUAACGAAAUUCAUUUCACGAAUAUAAUCGGUUCGUUUUUUAAAUUCGUAACGUCUUGCCUUUUUUCAAAUAUUUUUUUUAAAUAUUUGACAAGAUUUUUAUGUUUUAAUUUUACACAAUUCUGUUUUACAAUGUAUGUUAAGGAUUCGUAAAGUACUCGAAAGCUUAGGUUAGGAAUUCACAAUAUUUUUAUACCAAUGCAUAAUAUAGUGAU